GGCAGGAACGGCUUUGGGUUUAUUUGCUGCGCCUCGCUUACCUGGCGCGCCCGACGGUCGGGUUAGCGAGGGUCUAAGCCUUUCUAGCUCGCUGCAUAAAGGGUAUUAAUUAGGUACCUAGCUAGAAGGCCGGCAGCUAGCAGAGAAGAAAGAAAAAUGCUCUUUUUCGCACUUGCGUUUUGUUGAGGUUGGGGGCUGAAUUCUUUUUUUUUCUUCUUUCCUUUUUUUUCGGACGAGUCGAUAAUACCUACGAUAUUGUACCUGUUGUGUUUUCUGUCUUGUUUCGAUUAUAUUAUAAUACCCUCGUUGUUGUUGUUGUUGUUGCGAGAGCGUCGUUUCAAAGAUAGGAGAACGCAGGCGGGAAGCUGACAACGAAGAUGUUGCCGCGCGUCCUUGCUUUGGGGAAUGACCCCUGGGACCCGACGAAUCGCUUCGUCACGUCCUGGUUGAUAUCGCCAUACGUGUUAGCUGCAGUGCGAGCGUUGUUUUCCCUCUACGCCUUCCUAACCCUCCUCUUCAACAUCGGCUACCAGUGCGCCCGCCCCGACAUAGGCGGGUGCGAGGCCUCGCGCGCCUCGUUCUCCUACUUCACCGUGCUCACGUACUGGGGCCUCGCCUUCUACCUCGCCUUCGCCGCCGUGCACACCUUCACCUACGCGCGGUACGGCGCGCCGCUUCUCGCGCGAUGGCCGCGGUCCUUGCAGGCUCUGCACGCGCUCUUCUACAGCAGCGUCACGAGCUACCCCUUCCUCGUCACCAUCGUGUACUGGGGCGUCAUCUACUCGUACGGCUCCGCGUGGUUCCCCACUAUCUACGGCGGCUGGUCCAAUAUCAGCCAGCACGCGCUCAACAGCUUCUUCGCGCUCUUCGAGAUCUUCAUUCCCCGCACUGAACCCCAGCCUUGGAUCCAUGUGCUCUGGCUCAUCGUCAUGUUGGCGCUGUACCUGGCCCUCGCUUACCUCACCCAUGCGACGAAGGGGUUUUACACGUAUAGCUUCCUCGACCCGGGAAAGCAGGGGUCGCUUGUGGCGGCGUACGUGUUCGGGAUUGCGGUGGCUGCGGUCCUGAUUUUUGGGAUUGUGAAGUUCCUGAUUUGGGGGCGGCGCUAUGUUACGGAGGAGAAGAUGGGGAAGAAGGGGAAGUUUAUGUUUAGGAGCGAGGCGGAAGGGGUGGAGAUGGUUGGACCCGAAGCGUUUGCGGGCAAGUAAUCCGUGAUACGGAUUGGUCGAAUAUGAGGGCAGGGGAUGUUAAUGAUGUGUGGCUUGUCUAAAGUCAAAAUAAUAGAUGAGACCUUGAGAAUGAGUGGGUUGGGAUUUGGGACAUUGCAUUGGGACAUUAUCGCGGGAAUGCUUUACAAAUACCCUCGUGUGCGGGUUGGCGGCAUUAUGUCAUUGUGAGAAUCAUCAAAUAUUGGCAUUAGGUUUAGGUAAAUAUACGUAAUAU